GUGCCGGUGGUGGGGAAACGUAAUCACCACAUCGCGUCCGCACUGAUGGCUUGCCUGUGGUACUGGAGUGUGAACGAAGGGAUCUGAACGAGGGCGGGGAUUAAAAUUCCAUUCAUCUGGCUUUUUGCGAGUGGACUGAUAUUGCAAGUGGAUUGAUAUUGCGCUUUCUCACUUAUUUUAUUCGGAUCCCGUGAUAACCUAAUUUUUAACCAUUGAUGAAAGCGCACGAGUUGCUUCCUAUCGUGAGUGAGAAAGCACGUCAAAGAACAUGAAAUAAGAUUUGAGCUCCGCGGAUAAGUGUCACGCAGACCCAAGGUCUUGCAACAGAUAUUGACGAGGACCACUCUGCUUAGUCGUUUCAUAGUUUGCGUUUUACCAAGUGUUGCUUGACUGACCAGGACAUGCUAUCAAGCAGAGACAGCCUUUGUUAACUUCAGGCUUUGUGCAAAAGCACUCUCUUCUGAGAUGGAAUACAACAGCUUAGCGGACGCUUGGCAGAACUGCUCAGAGCUCGGGCAGGCUUUCUGUAACCUUACGGCAAACAUAAGCGGGGACUACGGGCAUUUGACGAUCGACGAUAUCCUCCUGAACAUCUUGGGGCCCAAGAGGUCGUCCUUCUGCCUCCCCGUCUCCAUCGCCUACCUGCUCAUCUUCAUCACAGGGGUCACCGGCAACCUCCUCACCUGCGCGGUUAUCUCCAAAUACAGGAAGAUGCAGACCCCCACCAACCUCUACCUGUUCAGCCUGGCCAUGUCUGACCUGCUGGUGCUCCUGCUGGGCAUGCCCCUGGAGAUCUACGACCUGUGGCAGAACUACCCCUUCCCCUUCGGCGAGAGCGGCUGCUACUUCAAGACCUUCCUCUUCGAGACGGUCUGCUUCGCCUCGGUGCUGAACGUCAUGGCGCUGAGCGUGGAGCGGUACGUGGCCGUGGUGCACCCGCUCCGAACCCGCUACGCCGUCACCAACAAGCACGCGCGCCGGGUCAUCGGCGCGGUGUGGGCGGCCUCCCUGGCGUGCGCCGUGCCCAACACCUCCCUCCACGGCAUCUACUACCUGUACCUGCCCCAGAAGGUGGCCGAGUCGGCCACCUGCAGCCUGAUGAAGCCGCGCUGGAUCUACAACUUGGUCAUCCAGGUCACCACGGUCCUCUUUUACCUGGUCCCCAUGACUGUCAUCAGCGUGCUGUAUGUGGUCAUAUGCUGCCGGCUGAGCCACGUGAGGAGGCAGCCGCAGGGGACCCUGGGAAAGAACUGCAGCUCUGACACCAGCUGGAAGAUCAACCUGGAGAGCAGGAAGAGGAGGCAGGUCACCAAUAUGCUCUCCAUCGUUGUAUUGGUGUUUGCGAUCUGCUGGGCCCCCUUCCACGUGGACCGUUUGCUGUGGAGCUUCGUGACGCACUGGACGGAUCUCAUGCACAGGGUCUUUCAGUACGUGCACAUCCUGUCCGGGAUCCUCUUCUACCUCAGCUCAGCCAUUAACCCCAUCAUCUACAACCUGCUCUCCACCCGCUUCAGAGAGCACUUCCGCGAACUCAUCUGCAUGCGUUCUCACGCUAGCUCUGCCUGCGGGACCGCCUCUCUGCCGUUAUCCAAGAUCACCCAGGGCUCCUCUGCCCUCAGGACCAGCACUCAGCCAGGGGACCUCAGGCCCGUGCCAGCCUGCAUCGCCUCCAACGGCUGCUGGGAACAGGAGGAUCACACUGACGUCUGAAACCGAGACACAACCUUACUCUUUCUCUGUCACUUCUGGUCUCUUUCUCUUGAAAUAUGGAUGUAUGUUGUGAAUUGUGGCUUAUUUGUUUCACAGUGUAUUAAUUAUGUCUAUGAGAAAGCAACAAGAAUCUUAAUGGGAUUUGAGGAUGGAGAUGUUUAAAAAAAGCAUGCAGAUGUUGAAAGCAGGGCAUAUGGUUUGAACUCAUUGGUUAAUAUCAUUGUUCACUGUGGUCUUUUGGUUGGACAGGGUAUUCCAUAGCAGUCUAAACAGGGCGUACUGUGCUUAGUGAGCAAAUUGAACAUGUUUACUGUAUAAACACAAUACAAUUGCAGAUUGUGACUGUGACUCGUAUAAUUAUCUUAUUCCCGCAUCUUGUAUCUGAAAGGGAAUGGGCGUACCCAGGAGGAUGUUUUGAGAUUUCUUGGCAUGAACAGGGCACCGUUCUUCUCAAAGUCUCGAUAGACUGAAUGGAUGGUUAUAUUAACUAGAAAAUAAUUUUGUGGGACAAAUUGAAGAGUGGCGACCUUUUGUUUUGGAGAGUGUCUGACUCAAAACUAAAACAAAAACAUUUUAUUUUCCAAUAUGUUUUGCUUUGGUGAUGAAAAUCUGUUGUAUCAUAUAAUAACUAUGUUAUGUUAUGUGUGUGGUAAACCCCAAUUAUAAUGUGAUAA